GAGGUGGAAGACUUUUUGGCCCAGAGGAAGGUUCCCGCAUCGCUGUCGGACAGGGUAAGGUCUUUCUUUUCGUACAUCCUCUCCCGGCAAAUCAUUGUGGAAGAAACAAGCAUCAUCAACGAAAUGUCCGUUCCCCUCAGAACGGAGAUGGUGAUGUUCCUUUACCGCGAGGCCCUCCAGAAGCUUCCUUUCUUCCAGGGCAAGGACCCGCAAUUCAUCGUGCACAUUGUCACCGCCCUGAAGCUGGAAUAUUACACCCCGGGCGAGGUUGUCGUGCGGCAGGGCGACCCCGGCAACGUCAUGUACUUCAUCGGCAAGGGCCGCCUGGAGGUGCGCCUGUACUUUAGCAGCAGCACUGAGGAGAGCGUGCGCCACGCGCUCGCCGACCCGGACGAGAAGGCCAGCGACGCACCCAUGCUGUCUCGGGUGACCAUGAAGCCCAUCGUGGGUACGGCCAGCUACGAUUUCAUGAGCGCCAAGCGGCGCAACAGCUUCAUCGGACCGGCCGAGACGUACAAGAAGCUGGGAGUCCUGACGGCAGGGGACUACUUUGGGGAAUACAGCUGCCUUCUGGGGGAGUAUCGGACGGCUACGGUCGUCGCCGACAACUUCUGCGAGCUCUACUCGCUGUCUCGGGCGGACCUAGACGACAUACUCGAGGACCUACCAGAAUUAGGAAAGGAGUUCCUGAAGAUGGUGGACAAAUACAUACAGAAGGGUGUGGUGGACGUCCCGGGACUGAGGCCCAAGAAA